AUGGUAGACAGUACUCAAGAACGACUUUUAAAACUAGUUGUUAUUAAAGAUUCAAGUGGAAAAGCGUUAUAUGAUUUACUAAAACAAAAUUUUGAAAAAUGUGGAAUAUCAAAGACCCAAAUUGUAAGUUGUUCCUUUAAAGGUGCUGCUAACAUGAAAGACACCUACAACGGACUUAAAGCACAUAUAUCAAAAGACAACCAUGAUUUAAUUUACACCCAUUGUAUGGCCCAUGUACUUAAUUUGGUUAUCACAGACUCAUCAGAAAAUUGCUUAAUAACUGAAAAUCUGUACGGGUUAGUUGAAGAAACUGCUGAUUAUCACAAACGAAUGAACAUUUGGAAAGAACAAACUGGUGAACGACAUAAAUCAUAUGCAAAAUUGUAUCGCAUUCAAAAAAUUKAUGAAGCUCGUUGGUGGAGCAAACAUAAAGCACUUGCAUCAAUAACUGAUCCAGAAGAAGAUGAAAUGGAAUCUAGUAAAGUUUGUAAUUUUUUUUUAUUUCUAAUAGAAAUAAUUCAAGGUAGAUUUGAUAGUAAAACCAAGUUUAUGGCUCGUAAAUUAUUAGAAAAGUGGUCUCAGUUUGAUACAUUAUUUGCAAAUGAACCAUUAUUAGACUUUCAAGAUAAUUUUGUAUCAAAAAGAAUAUCUGUAAAAAAAAAAAACCUGGAGAAUUAUCUAAUGACGAAGUCAAAACUUUAUCUCCUUUUAAAAAAACGUUGUAUUUAA